AACCGCGCGGCCGCGCCGCUGCUUCCGGCGGAGGCCGGGGAGGAGGGGACUCGCCCGGAGGAUGGCGGCGCGCUGGGCUGCCCGCGGCCUGCGCGGCGGGCGCCGGUUCGUCUCCACGCCGACUGUUCCUCGGCUGACCUCAGAGGAACUGAUUCAGAUGCGUAAUGAGCUCUUUGCCAAGGAGAAGGAGAGACAGUUAUCUCUGUAUCCACGGAUAGAGAAGAUCGAAGUGAAAUACACUGGGAAGUCUCACCCUGGCAGUGUGUUUGUAAUGAACAAAGCUUUGUCUACUCCAUACAACUGUGCCAUGCACUUAAGUGAAUGGCAUUGCAAGAAAUCGGUUCUAGCUCUUGUGGAUGGUGAAGUCUGGGAUAUGUAUAGACCCUUGAUAAAAUCCUGUGAAAUUCAGUUCCUUACUUUCAAAGAUGAAGAUCCAGAGGAAGUAAACAAAGCCUAUUGGCGUUCCUGUGCCACGAUCAUGGCGUGUGUGUUGAAGCGAGCGUUCAAAGAUGAGUACUCAGUGAAUCUGAUUAAAGCUCCAGAAGUGCCAGUGAUCUCUGGAGCUUUCUGUUACGAUGUAAUUUUGGACAACAGACUGAAUGACUGGAAACCAACAAAUGACAACUUCCGUUCUCUUACAAGGGAUGCCAGUAAACUCAUUCAUAAAGACCUGCCAUUUGAAACACUGCAUGUUGAAGCAAAAGUAGCACGUGAAAUGUUUCAGCAUAACAGAUACAAAAUGGAGAUGAUAGAACAAAAAGCUUCUCAGAAUAUGGAAGGAAUUGUAACGUUACAUAGGUUUGGUGACUUUGUAGAUGUUAGUGAAGGCCCUCAUAUUCCAAGGACAAGUUUCUGUUUCCAGUACGAGAUAACAGCAGCCCAUAAUCUUCAGACUAACCAGUCUGAAUUGAUAAGGAGGUUCCAAGGUGUGUCCCUGCCAAUACAUUUGAAGGCUCACCACACUGUGUGGCACAAACUGCUGGAAAGAUCAAAGAAGCUGGUCACUGAAGAAAAGCCUUUGGAAGCAGCAGCAGAACAUCAUGAGGCAAAAGAUGUAACUGAAGAAGAAAAAACUGUAUCCAUUUAAAUUAACUUCAACCUCUAAAUGUACAUAAUAAAAUGUGUAUUUUUACAAGA